AUGGCCGAUGCCACGAAUGCGAGGAACGUCCCGGGUCCAUCUGGAUUUUCUAACAAGAAGCGCAAAUCCAACACGACAAGCCCCGAUUGCGAUGUCUCCAUGGUCAAAAAAACAAGGUUUCUAAAAGAUGUGGUCUUGACGAGAUAUGGUGGAGUUUUGGAGGGCAGAGUGACCUCGAAAACACCCAUAAAGGAAUGGUCCAAAAACGGAAAAGAAGGAAAACUAUUCUCUUUCCUCAUGGCCGACGAGACAGCCCGAAUUAGUGUCAUCGUGUCAGGCGACAAGACAGAUGAAGUAUUUUCGACAAUCCAGGUCAACCACUGUUAUAGAAUCACGGGGUUUAAACCAAAGCCAGUCAAUCCUCACUUCAGUUCCACGGAUCAUGAAUGUGAAGUGACGCUCUCGAAGAUCUCGAAAAUCAAAGAAAUCGAGAGGGACGACAUCCCACAAACUCAAUCCCUCUGUUCCUCGAUUGCGAGCAUUCUCAAUAUCGAGAAAAAUUGCCUCAUAGACUUGACGGCAAUUCUAUUUGAUCUACUCCCGGUUCAGAACAUAACAUGUCGCGAUGGCUCCAUUCAGAAAAAGCAAACGGCGUUGUUGGUUGACGACUCGAAGAAAAUUGUCUCGCUCGAUCUCUGGAACAA